AUGUCAAGAAAUACGUCAACCAUUACUGUCAAGUUGGUUGCUGCGGAAUCCCUUUACAAAAGGGAUGUAUUUCGUCAACCGGAUCCAUUUGCGGUCAUCACAGUUGAUGGAUCGCAGACAAAGACAACAAAAACUGCAAAAAAGACUCUUAAUCCAUACUGGAAUGAGACGUUCACUUUUCAAGCUCUGGAGGAUUCAAUAUUAGUUAUACAGGUAUUUGACCAAAAAAAAUUCAAGAAGAAGGAUCAAGGGUUUCUUGGAGUGGUUAAUGUUCGCAUUGGUGACUUGAUUGACUUCGGAUUACCCAGCUCCGAAGAAACAAUCACUAGGGAUUUGAAAAAGCUGAUGGAAAACGUUGCCAUUAGCGGGAAAGUUAUCGUUGUUAUUUCACAUAAUAGGUCUCUGGCUAAUGGAUCUAGUAACAGAUCCUCCAAUGGACAAAGAGCCACUUCCAAUGGCACCGCGUCUGCAGCUCCACCGGCAGCUUCAAGUGCUGGUGCUUCUUCAGCUGGACCUAUUGCUGCCACCGCUGCUGCUGCAUCCAGCAGCUCCGCAGCUCAUAGACAAUACUCUUCUUUUGAAGACCAAUACGGUAGACUACCACCAGGAUGGGAAAGAAGGACUGAUAAUUUUGGAAGAACUUACUAUGUCGAUCAUAACUCAAGAACUACCACCUGGCAAAGACCUGCAUUGGAUCAAAGUGAAGCAGAAAGAGGUAACCAAAGGCAACAUGAUACUGAAGCAGAAAGAAGACAGCAUCGUGGCAGAACAUUGCCUGGUGAAACUCCAACCAGUCCAUUGCCUCAAUCGUCAAACAAUUCAGUUACUAGUGGUAACGUAACUGUCAAUGCAACUGGUGCUAAUACACCAGUAAACCCUGCUGCAGCAGUGUCUAUGGCAGCAUCUGGUGCAACCACGUCGGGUUUAGGAGAGUUACCCUCUGGAUGGGAGCAACGUUUCACAAAUGAAGGUAGACCCUAUUUUGUCGAUCACAAUACAAGAACAACGACUUGGGUCGAUCCUAGAAGACAACAAUACAUCCGUACAUUUGGAGCAAACACUACUAUACAACAACAACCAGUCAGUCAAUUGGGUCCUUUACCAUCAGGUUGGGAGAUGAGAUUGACAAACACAGCAAGAGUUUAUUUUGUUGACCACAAUACUAAAACAACAACAUGGGACGAUCCAAGAUUACCAUCAUCUUUGGACCAAAAUGUUCCUCAGUAUAAGCGUGAUUUCAGAAGGAAAGUGAUCUAUUUCCGUUCACAACCUGCUUUGAGAAUACUUCCUGGUCAGUGUCAUAUCAAGGUCAGGAGAGAUCAUAUAUUCGAGGAUAGUUAUCAAGAAAUUAUGAGACAAACACCCGAAGAUUUGAAAAAGAGAUUAAUGAUCAAGUUUGAUGGUGAAGAAGGUCUAGAUUAUGGUGGUGUGUCUCGUGAAUUUUUCUUUUUGUUAUCGCAUGAUAUGUUUAAUCCAUUUUACUGCUUAUUCGAAUACAGUUCGCACGAUAACUACACGUUACAAAUCAACCCAAAUUCAAGUAUCAAUCCAGAGCAUUUAAACUAUUUCAAGUUUAUUGGAAGAGUUGUUGGUUUGGGUGUUUUCCAUAGACGAUUCUUGGAUGCAUUCUUUGUUGGUGCUUUGUACAAGAUGAUGCUACACAAAAAAGUUGUUCUUCAAGAUAUGGAAGGUGUCGAUGCUGAAUUUUACAGAUCGUUGAAAUGGAUUUUGGAUAAUGACAUUACUGAUAUAUUAGACUUGACUUUCAGUACCGAGGAGGAAAUCUUUGGUGAAAGAGUGGAGGUUGACUUGAAACCCGAUGGAAAAAAUAUAGAAGUAACCGAGGAGAACAAACACGAAUAUGUUGAGUUGAUAACGGAGUGGAGGAUAUCUAAGCGUGUGGAGGAGCAAUUUAAAGCAUUCAUUGAUGGCUUUAAUGAAUUGAUACCACAAGAAUUGGUGAAUGUGUUUGAUGAAAGAGAGUUGGAAUUGUUGAUUGGUGGAUUAGCAGAAAUUGAUACUGCUGAUUGGAAGAAACAUACUGAUUACAGAGGAUACCAAGAGCUGGACCAAGUUAUUCAAUGGUUUUGGAAGUGUAUCAACGAAUGGGACUCCGAGCAGAAAGCACGUUUGUUGCAAUUCACCACAGGUACUUCGCGUAUACCUGUCAAUGGUUUUAAAGAUUUGCAAGGUAGUGAUGGGCCAAGAAGAUUUACCAUUGAAAAAGCAGGUGAGCCUAAUCAAUUGCCUAAAUCACACACUUGUUUCAAUAGAGUCGAUUUGCCACCAUAUGCUGAUUACGAAAGUUUGAAGCAGAAAUUGUCCUUAGCUGUGGAAGAGACUGUUGGUUUUGGUCAAGAAUAG